GGACAGUUUAAGGGUUAAUUGACUGACUUAAUUGACUGACUUAAUUGACUGACUUAAUUGACUGACUUAAUUGACUGACUUAAUCGACUGACUUAAUCGACUGACUUAAUCGACUGACUUAAUCGACUGACUUAAUCGACUGACUUAAUCGACUGACUUAAUCGACUGACUUAAUCGACUGACUUAAUCGACUGACUUAAUCGACUGACUUAAUCGACUGACUUAAUUGACUGACUUGGCUGGCUGACUGACUGACUGACUUACUGAAUGACUUACUGACUCACUUGACUGACUGACUUACUUGACUGACUUACUUGACUGACUUACUGACUUAAAGUUAGACUUUUUCACUGAAGAGGAUCCUGCUAAGGUACUGAAGAGUCACCAGCUGCUCUGAAACAGUAUCUAGAGCAGCUGGUAUCUUACCGUUGGCUGUAUAAUGUACUGCAGGGUAAAAUAGCCCAGAAAUCCAUUACAGAAUUUAUGCACACUCCAGUACAAGCAUCGACUUCAGUACCAGAACCUCUACCAUCCACUUCAGCCUCGUAGGGUCACAACAUAGCUCUCCACUCUCUUCACAAUCAUUGACAAACACCAGCACCCACAAUUUAAGACAUGUCAAGUGCAACUGCCUUAGAGCUACUGAAGGCUCAGGCUGCUCUUCUGCCUAUUGAUGACUCAUCAACAUUAGUAACGUCUGCUGUAGCCCAUGGACAGACCCUCCAUCUCACUGAAGCUGGAAGGCAGGCUUUAAAGCUCAUUAAACAAGAACUUCCUUUGUUACCAAGUAACACAUUACCACAAGAGUCCAUGGAAAAUGAAGAUAAAAUAAACAAGAAAUCUAGGUCAAAAAGUCCAAAUUCAGAAAGUAGAGACACAGCAUCGUAUGAAUACACACCAGCACAGCAAUCUUGCUUGCCAGCUCUUUUACCUUCAUCAGAUUCAGAAGUUGUGGAAGAAGAGAGAGAAGAAGAGCAGCAGCAAGUGACCCAGAUUAUUACACUGAGCCCUGAGCAGUAUGCUGCACUCACAGGUGGUACUAAUGGGCCAAUCAUAUUACAAGUGUUACCAUCAAGUGCAGAAGAACAAGACUGUAAUGAGACUCAGAGUCCACCAGCAGCAAAACGGCAGAAAGUUAUGCAGUUGGUUACAAGAGUGGGUCAGGGAAGCUCAAGUCAGAAUCAAGCUGUAGCUAAAGUAUCAGGGCAGGUAUUGAGUGUAGACCUCCCAUCUGUGGACCCUCUAUAAAGGACAUUAAAGCCUGCUGUCUGAAAAGCAAAACAUUACACGUAUCCAUUAAUUAUCUAAGCAAUUUCUGGUUACCUAACACAUUAACAUGAUUGUAAAUUAUUAUAUUUGUGGAUUAUUAUUAUCAUCAAAAAGAAGCGCUAAGCCACAAGGGCUAUACAGCGCUGCAGGGUAGGGAAGGAAGCGAGGGUAUUGGAUGGCAGAAGGGAGGAGGGAUGAUCAGCAGGUUACAGAAAACAGCAGGGCAGGGGAUAGUACGGGGGUAGAGGGUAGCAAGAGAUUGAAGUAGAAAGGGCUAAAGGUAUCAGAAUUUGUGAAGUAAGUCGGUUGUUGUCAAAAAGUCAAUGAGAGAGUCCGGAUGAAAGGUGGGUCCAUCAGCGAGAAGGGAAGGUAAAGAGAGAGUAGCGGAGCGAAGACGACAACAGAGGUAAAUUCUGCGUGCUCGUUGAUAAAGUGGGCAGUCCAACAGAAUGUGGCUGACUGAUAAUGGAGCUUGGCAAUUCUCACAGAGAGGAGCAGGACACCUCUCCAUGAGAUAUCCAUGAGUAAGACGAGUAUGGCCAAUGCGAAGACGGGAGAGAGUAGUCUCCCAACCUCGACACUGGUAUAUAUUUGUGGAAAGUGCUAAAUUCAUUAGGGUAUCAUAAAGAUAAAUGUAUAUAUAGUGACAUUGUAAAUGUAUAGAAUAGAGGGUAGGUUACUAAAAACAGUUUGAGUUUUAUGCAGUAAGAAAAGGGGGUGGGGACUAAAUCUCAGUGAAAGUAGGAAUUGGACAGGGAUGUCAGUGGUUGUUUAUAGAUGGGGCUGUGAAAGAAAUAGACGCUAGUGUGUUGGAAAGGGGACGUUAGAUGUGUUAUAAAGUGCUGAAUUAUCCCAGCUGCUCUUUUCUAACAUAAUGGAUGAAUUUGGGGGGAUAUGUAACAGUAGGAAAUCCAAAGCAAAUAUAGAAAAGAGCAAGGUGUGACAAAGAUAAAAAAGAGUAUAGACAGUGAUAGAUUAUAGAAAAAGAGUAAGGUGACAGGGAUUAAAAAAAAAAAAUAGACAAUGAUUGAUUAUCAGAUUGGAGUAUGGAAGUGAAUGUAUUUAUGUAUUUGAGAGUGAACAUGUCAGAAGAUGAUUCUAUGAAAGAUAAUGAACCAUGGGAUAGAUGAGGGAAAAAAGGUCUGGCGUGUUGCAGUAGCUGUGGGAAGAAGUUUGUUUAUGGGGGCAAAAAAAUGGGAAAAUGUACCAGAAUGUAGUAGUACCAACACUUAAAUAAAUGUGAGACAUGAGUUUUGAAUGCUGCAGCAAGAUGUCAUGUUUGAGAGUAAUGGGUGGUGUGAAUAUUAUGCAGGGAAUUUUGAGCAUAGAAAUUAAAUGUGAGGUGACCAAGAGUAUAACUCACAAGAGCUGAGGGGUGGUUUGGGCAUUUAGAAAUAAUGGACAGGGAUAGGUUGACAAAGAGGGUAGAUAUAUAAUAAAAAGUAGGGCCAAAUCUGUCAAGAAUGCUAUUAUCAUUGGAUAUCCAGUUUAAUGUUCUGGAUACUGCUUCAUCCAUUAUCAUAAUCUAAAAUUGUGUUAAAAUUUGAGACUCUGUUUUAAAAUAUUACAAGAUCAUACUAGUUAAAAUUCAAAUUACUUUACUCAAGUAACCAAACUAGAAUGUAUCCUAGGAAAGAAAGGAUGGAGGGAGGAGGUAAGAUGUUUUGUGUGCAAGGGGCUUGGACAUUCACUAGGCAUGUGUGUGUUAGAUAAGAGUGAAUGGAGAUGAAUGGUUUUUGGGAACUGAUGAGCUGUUGGAAUGUGAGCAGGGUAAUAUUUUGUAAAGGGAUUCAGGGAAAUUGGUUAGCUGGACUUGAGAAGUACAAAACCUGUACUUUAAAGGGGGGUUUGGGAUAUUGGCUUUUUGAAGUGACAUAUUAACUGUCUUACCUGAUCGCCUCUGUGAAUUAUGGUGAAAGUGGUUUAUUUUCUGGGUCACCCUGCUUCGGCGGGAGAUGGCCAACGUUUAUAAAAAUAUAUAUGUAACAUAAUUUAACGAACAAAAUAGAAUGACUUCAAGAGUGUAUAAAUCUGUAGUGGAGGGAAGGUGGAGUAGGGGUCAGCCUAGGAAAGGUCUGAAGGGACAGGGUAAAGAAGGUUUUGUGUGCGAGAGGUUUGGACUGCCAGCAAGCAUGUGCGAGUGUGUUAGGAGCAGAUGGAGACAAAUAGUUUUUAGGACUUGACCUGCUGUUGGAGUGUGAGCAAGGUAACAUUUAUGAAGGGAUUCGAGGAAACCGGCAGGCCAGACUUGAGUCCUGGAGAUGGGAAGCAGUGCCUGCACUCUGAAGGAGGGGUGUUAAUGUUGCAGUUUUAUAACUUCAGUGUAAGUACGCCUCUAGCAAAACAGUGAUGGAAUGAAUGAUGAAAGUUUUUCAGGCCACCCUGCCUUGGUGGGAAAUGGCCAAUGUGUUAAAUUAAUUUAUGGCCCUUGACUUACUAGUGCUAAAUGACCCCUGGUGUCAAAGAAGUUGGACCAUCCUGCUCUAUAUGUUUAGUAUUAGCCUAGAUUAACUGUUUAAGUAGCAUUAUCUUGUAUUUUUGCAUUACUGAGCUAUUUACAUAAUACUGUAUUACUGUAAUUAUUGCACUGUUUUAACCAUUAAACUGUCCAAACAUAGAUCUACGUUCACAAGUGUAGUGCUCCAAAAGUAGAUCAUAGUUUUUUUUACACGCUUUCAAAUGUAAAAAAAAAAAAAAAAUCUACUUACAUACUUUCAAAUGUUGAAAAAAUGUAGAUCUAAGAAAAGUAGAUUUUUUUUUUUUUUACAUUUGAAAGCGUGUAAAAAAAAACUAUGAUCUGCUUUUGGAGCACUACACUUGUGAACGUAGAUCUAUGUUUGGACAGUUUAAGGGUUAAUUAGGCUCUGAAUAUUUUUAAAAUUCACUUAAUUAUCUUUAUGAUAGUUCUAUAUAAAGGUAUUAGUUUAAUUCUGCUAAAAAAUUUUUUUAACACUUGCCCUCUCCCACCAAGGUAUGGUGACCCAAAAAGAAAUACUUCACCAUUAUUCAGGAUGUCUCAACUACCUCCAGUCUCCUUACCCCAACAUUCAUGCAGUUAGAAUUUUAACUAGUAUGAUCUUGUGAUACCUUAAAAUACUGUAGUACUGUAUUAGUUUGCUUCUAAAAAUGUAUAAAAGCAUCUGUAACAUCAGUAAAUAACCUGGAUAUCCUAUGGUAUUCUCAACAGCUUUGAUUCUGCUUUUUAUAAAAAAAAAUUUUUUACAGCAUUGUAUUUCAGUUGCUAAUGUGUGUGUAUAGGUUGGGUAGGAGCCAUCCUUGGAAAGGUUGUUGGAGGGAGGGGGUAAAGAAGAUUUUGUAGGUGAGGGGCUUGGACUUCCAGUAAGCAUGUUAGUAAAUGGAGACGAAUGAUUUUUGGAAUCUGGAGUGCGAGCAGGGUAAUAUUUUGUGAAGGGAUUCAGGGAAAUCGGUUAGCCAGACUUGAGUCCUGGUGGUAUGAAAGUACAGCGCUCGUGUAUGAAUGAUGGUGAAAGUGUUGAAUGAUGAUUUUUUUUUUUUUUGUCAUCCUGCCGUGGUGGGAAAUGGUCAACAUGUUAAAAAAAAAAUGUCAGUCUUGCCAGACAUUCUGAUACUACUGUUUAGAUGUUCCUCUAAACUGCAAAUAUCCCCAUCCUUCCUUCAGAGUGCAAGCACUGUACUUCCCACCUCCAGGAGUCAAGUUCAGCUAGCCAGUUUCCCCUGAAUUCCUUCACAUAAUGUUACCUUCCUCAUAUUCCAACAGCUCAGUCCCAAAAACCAUCUGCCCCCACGUCUGCUGAAUGUCCACAUCCCCCCCCCCCCCACAAAUCGACAAAAUCUCUUUUACCCACAUCUUCCAUUUCCUACGGUGACCACUAUCCUGCCUUUUCUCCACUACAUAUUUAUACGCCCUCCAAGACACAUCCUAUUUUGCUCCAUCUUCUCUAAAAGUACCAACCACCUCAACAAAUCUUCAGCCCUCUGGACAUUAUUUUAUCUCUGAUAUUAGAUAUAUUCAGUGAUCUAUACAAUAUAUACAUUUGUUAUGUGGCAAUGAUUUAAAAAUAUAUAUUUAUAUAAGAUGAAUUUUAUUUCUACAUUUGAGUAAAUUUUAUAAGUUUGCUUAAACUAUUCUACUACACUAAACCUUAAAUUAUUUUAUAUUCAAAUCCAUCCAUCCUAAGGCAACUUGUAUUCGGUUUUUCAGUAAAUUUCUCAAACUUAACCUAAACAGUGUAGAUAGAUUGCAAUCUUAAUAAAAAUUAACUAGUUGUAAAAUAUAUCACAGCAAUAAGUGAAAUAUUACAUAGAUAUAAUAAAGAUAUUCGAAGCACAAACAGGGGACCCUUGAGUGAACUACAAUUAGAUAAAUUUUAUAAUCAAAAUGUACAUAAUUAGCAGUCAUAAUCACUGGUUAAGGCCUAUGUAUUAUUAUAAGAAAAAGUUUCCUUUCCAUUAUAUCUGAAGUAUAGUUCUCUUGUUUUUAUACAUUUUUUUUAAUGCUCUCCUUGUAAAGCAUUAAAGUCUACAGACUUCAAUGCUUUACAUGGAGACAUUACAUGACACAAAGGGGUUGCUUAGGUGAAGCCUAUUACAUUUACAUACAACCAAUUACAUAAUUAUAUUAAAAGUACAGUACCUUAGAACUACUAAAAAUUUUGGAGUAAGAAAAGUGGUAUAAGCAACAUUAUUCCUUAAGGCAUUUCUUUAAUUUUUUUUUUAACACAGCCAUUUCCCACCGAGGCAGGGUGACCCAAAAAGAAAGGAAAAUACUUUCAUCAUUUAACACUUUCACCAUCACUGAUACAUAAUAAGUGUCUGCAGAGGCACUCAGAUAUGACAAUUUAGAAGUUCCUUUAAAGUGCAGGCAUUGUACUUCCAGGACUCAAGUCCGGCUAACCGGGUUCCCUGAAUCCCUUCACAAAAUAUUACCCUGCUCACACUCCAACAGGUCCCAAAAACCAUUCAUCACCACUACUAACACGUUCACACAUACUUGCUGGGAGUCCAAGCCCCUCGCCCACAAAACCUUUACCCCCUCCCUCCAGAGUAUGACCCCUACUGAUUUAUACGCUCUGCGAGUCAUUCUACUUUGUUCCAUUCUUUCUAACUGACUAAACCACCUCAACAGCCCCUCUUAGUAACUCCACAUCUCCUCCUAAUUUCCACAAUCUGAAUUCUCUGCAUAAUAUUUACACCACACACUGCUCUUAGACAGGACAUCUCCACUGCCUCCAGCCACAGCAUUUACAACCCAAGCUUCGCACCCACAUAAGUGUGUUGGUACCACCAUACUUUCGUACAUUCACUUCUUUGCCUCCGUGUCUCCACAGAUACCUCAAUGCACCAUUCACUUUUUUUUCCCUUCAAUUCUAUAGUUAACCUCAUCUUUCAUAAACCCAUCCGCUGACACGUCAACUCCCAAAGAUCUGAAAACAUUAAAUUCUUCCAUACUCCCCCUCUCCAAUGUAACAUACAAUUUUUCUUUAUCUAAAUCAUUUGAUACCCUCAUCACCUUACUCUUAUCUAUGUUCACUUUCUACCUUUACACACCCUCUGAAACUCAUCCACUAACCGUUCCAACUUUCCUUUAGAAUCUCCCAAAAGCACAGUGUAAUCAGCAAAAAGCAACUGUGUCAACUCCCACUUUGUAUUUGAUUCCCCCCAACCCCCUAGCAUUUACUUCUCUUACAACCCCAUCUAUAUUAUUAUAUUAUUAUAAAAAAAAGUGCUAAGCCACAAACCCCAUCUAUAAAUAUAUUAAACAACCAUGGUGCCAUUACAUAUCCCUGUCUAAGACCUACUUUUACCAGGAAGUAAUCUCCCUCUCGCCUACACACCCUAACCUAAGCCUCACUAUCAUAAAAACUCUACAGCAUUUAGUAGCUUACUACCUAUUCCAUACACUUGUAACAUCUACCACAUUGCUUCCCUAUCCACUCUUAUCAUAUGCCUUUUCUAAAUCCAUAAAUGCAAUGAAAACUUUCCUCCCUUCAUCUUAAUACUGUUCAGAUAAAUGCUUCAAUGUAAACACUUGAUCUACACAUCCCCUACCCACUCUAAAUCCUCCUUGCUCAUCUGCAAUCCUACCUCUAAUUCUUUCAAUAAUAACCCUACUGUACAUUUUACCUGGUGUGCUCAGUAAACUUAUUCCCCUGUAAUUUUUAGUCUCUUUUGUCCCCCUUCCCUUUAUAUAAAGGAACUAUGCAUGCUGUCUGCCAAUCCCUAGGUACCUUCCCUUCUUUCAUACAUUUAUUAAACAAAAACACCAACACUAUAUCCCCCAUGCUUUUAGCAUCUCUGUCAUGAUCCCAUCAGUUCUAACUGCUUUACCCCUUUACAUUCAAUGUAAUGCCUCACACACCUCCCCCACAUUCACAUUCUGCUCUUCAUUUUUUUAAUAUGAAAAUAAAAUGUUUUUAGGAAAAUCUAAAUAAUACACAGUACAGUGGAACCUUGACUUACGAGUUUAAUCCGUUCCAGGAGCUAGCUCGUAACUCAAUUUACUCGUAUAUCAAAUUAAUUUUCCUUAUUUAAAUUAACUGAAAAGCCAUUAAUUCGUUCCUGCACUCUGGAGAGACUAGAAAAAAUACUUGAAUAUGAUGCAAUUAUCAACUGUAUGGCUUAUCUAUCAAUCACAAUUCAUCUAAUAUGAUAUAAUAAACAAUAUAAUUAGCACAGAAACAUGGUAUAUACUCUAGAAUGAAUAAAGUAGGCCAUAAUAUGGUGGCAGAAGCGUCGUCAUUUCUAACCCAAUUUGACUAUAGUAUCUUCCCAUGUUCUUACUGUAAGAGAAGACAGAGUAUUUUUGAGGCUAACUGUAGUAGAUCACUAGGACCCAUGGUUAGAAAAAAGAAAUUUGGCCAAAUGACUAAAAAAAUGCAAACAAGCAUGAGAGAACUGCACCCACAGGGAUGUAAACAUGUUUACUGCUUACCAGUUGUGCUAUCAGCUAUGCCAACUAGCAGAAGCAAUUUGAAUUAUUACAUACUUAUUAUGCAUUAUUAUUAUUAUUAUUAAUUUAGGGAACUGAAGCUCUGUCAUUAUAAUAAUAAUAAUAAUUUUUUUUUUUUUAUCAUCACACUGGCCGAUUCCCACCAAGGCAGGGUGGCCCGAAAAAGAAAAACUUUCACCAUCAUUCACUCCAUCACUGUCUUGCCAGAAGGGUGCUUUACUCUACAGUUUUUAAACUGCAACAUUAACACCCCUCCUUCAGAGUGCAGGCACUGUACUUCCCAUCUCCAGGACUCAAGUCCGGCCUGCCGGUUUCCCUGAGCCCCUUCAUAAAUGUUGCUUAGCUCACACUCCAACAGCACGUCAAGUAUUAAAAACCAUUUGUCUCAUUCACUCCUAUCGAGGGAGACAAAUGGUUUUUAAUACUUGACGUGCUGUUGGAGUGUGAGCAAAGUAGUCCAUGGGAAAGUGGAAAAGAAUCUUUCCUCCGUAAGCCAUGCGUGUCGUAUGAGGCGACUAAAAUGCCAGGAGCAAUGGGCUAGUAACCCCUUCUCCUGUAGACAUUUACUAAAAAAGAGAAGAAGAAAUAAUAAUAAUAUUAUUAUUAUUAUUUUUAACCCUUAACCCUUUGAGGGUUUCAGACGUACUAGUACGGCUUACGACCCAAGGUUUUUGACAUACUAGUACGCCUAAAUUCUAGCGCCCUCAAAUCUAGUUGGAGAAAGCUGGUAGGCCUCCAUAUGAAAGAAUGGGUCUAUGUGGUCAGUGUGCAUUGUAUAAAAAAAAUCCUGCAGCACACAGUGCAUAAUGAGAAAAAAAAAAAACUGAUCGUUUUUUUGGAAUAAAACAGCGACUUUGCACUGUAUUUUCGUAUGGUAUUUAUUGUUGUAUUC